GUGUGGAGCCCAGGGGAGAUCCACCGGAUGCCCGGCAAGCACUAGACGGAGAGGAAGAGGAACGAGAGUCAUCAUUGCCUCAUUUCGGUUGGGUCCGAACUGGACAGGGAGAUGGUGAUAUGGAAGUCCAUCGAAACUCGCAAGCGGCUCGGCAGAUUCCUGGCUGACAUCCGGGCAACUGGCAGCCUGCAGAAGACCUAUAUGAUCCUUCACAGUCGAGCACUACUGAGUCGACCCCGAUCUGAGUUGUUGUCCGUCGUAAGCAGCCCAUUAAUAAUCCUUGAGAGGAAUAUGAAUUCCGGUGAAAUGAGCUUGCCUAGUGAAUUUCGGUGUGCCCAGCGACCAGGCACGGAUGACCCGAUCAGGCCAAUCAGCAGCACGGAUGACAAAACCCGACGAGUUUUUAGCAGCUUAUGUCCGGUCGAACUUUUUCAUGCUUCACCCGUCCACUCUUCGGGUCCAGCCGAUCUUGAAUCAGAUACCUUGCCCUUCGUCCAAUCCUUUUCCCUCCUGAUGACAUCCACCGCGCUCAUCCUGACUCAUUUCGACUCUGGAAUUUCCUUUCCUUCCCUUCUCGCCCCCCUCGCGCUUCUUUCCCAUCCUUUUUUUGCAGCUGCGUUACCCGCGCUGCCAGCAGCCACCAUCGAUCCACAGUUCGGUUGGCGUCUUCCUCCACCCUCCACCUCGUUUCAUCCUCUGAUUGCAGCCUCGCUGGAGCAGACCCUGUUCUUUCUCCACGGCUAGAAGAUUCUUACAAAUCCACCAGAAAUUUUUUCCCUGUGAAAGGUGGCCCACACGGAGUUAAUCAGCGCAGACUCGCGGCUUUUAACCAUGAUGCAACGACCUCCAUCGGCAGCCCCUCCUGGCUCUUCCCUAUUUAUAAAGCUUCUUUUGUCUUUCUUGCGUGGGUGAUCCCCAUUGCGUUUCUCAUUCUAUAGACCCUCUCCCCUCAUCUUCGCAGGUGUAUGUUGGUGAGAGCUCCCGCAGCUAUCAUUCAAGUGCCUGGCCUCUUAUAUAACCUUUCUAAUUACAU